CCAUAUUUGGCACAGCAUCACACCGCACAAGCGGUUUUGCCAAUUGUCCUCCUCCAUUGCCCGCAAUUGGCAAAACCCGACUCCAACAACCACCAACGACAACAAUGCUACCACCAGCACCGGCACCAGCGCGACGUCGCAGCCGGGGCCGUGUUGGCCUUGGCGGCGUCAUGUUCUUCUUGUUGGUGCUCGUUGCGCUUGCGGCGCUGUCACCAGCCGUGACGCACGCACGCAUGACCGACGACGACGAUGCCAUCAACACCACCACGGAUCCCUCUGCAGACGGUGAUGAUGACGAUGCAGCCGAUGAUGACGCCGCCGCCGACGACGACGACAGCACCAGCACUCAGCCAUUUCAUCGCCACGCGUUUGUUGUCGGCCAACACCACAGCGGAACAACGCUGUUGGACCUCCUGCUGGCAAUGAAUCCAAACGUGACACGCCUCACAGAUACGGGCCAGGCUGAGGACGAAGGGCAGCAUCUGCAGAGCGUGUACACGACGGCGCGGAAGAUUGGCGGGGCCCGGCGCUGGUUCUACCACGAGGACGCGCACAAGACGGAGCGUGACGUGCGGUCGCCAAAGCGCACGAAGCGGAAGCUGGUCAAGGCAUGGUCGCCGUACUGGGACAUGAGCAAACCCGUACUGCUGGAGAAGUCACCUCGGCACACAACCAUGACGCGGUACAUGCAGCGCAUCUUCGGGCUCCGCACGGUGUUCUUCGUCACCAUCCGGCACCCACUCGGCGCCAUGUACCACUUCUACCACCGCUUCAACGCGGCAAAGCAGCGGCAGUACUACAACGACUGCGCCGAGUUGGACAUCAAGGGCUUCCUCACCGUCUACGACUGGCUCGUGCAGGACCUGCCGUAUCUGGAGAACGUGGGCAUUGUCAGUUUGGAGACGCUGCUCGACCGGCGAAACACAGAGGCUGUGCUGCACGUUGCAGAGCACAUGCUGGGCCUGGCGCCAAACAUCAGCAUCAACGCAAAGGACGUGCCCCUGGACAACGCUGCGUAUCUUGAGGAAGCGAACAAGGGCGACAUCGAGCCGCUACCAGCACCGCACAUCGUCGCCCCAACGGCAGCCGGUGACCUGAUGAAGGCGGGCGCAUUCGACUACAAGUCCAGGGCACAGCGCAGCCCGCUCGCAGCCCGCAACGGUGGCGGUGGUGGUGACAGUGGUGCUGAUGGAGAUGGUGCCAGGUGGGAUGAUGUCCCCUCCCUUGGCGCGAGCCGCAACCACACCGAGGUAUCAUCAUCACCACCACCACCAUCACCAUCAUCGUUAUCAUCCUCAUCCACAACGCGUGCACAGCAGCGGCGGCGGCAGCUGCUGCACUAUCACGGGAGCCGGGCAGCUGUUGAGGUGCACACGGGCCCCGGUGCCCAGUUCUCGUGGGUGGAGACGUUCAAACAGCUGCAGCCAAACUUUACGCAACGGUGUGCACACGUCAUCGACAAGUACGAGGCACGCGUGAACGCAUAUGGGUACAGCCUACGAAAGCUGACUCAGCACUUUCUUCCGUCGGCGCUGUACCCGUAUCUCCUCCUGCCCGAGGCAUACCCGCACACGCGCAUCAACAACAUCAGCGAGCAGGUUCGCCAACAACAGGGCUGAGUAAAAGGUGGAGGCAAGGUGGAGAGGUUGAAGUGGGGGAGGGGGGACGUUGGUAUCCGUGUAUUCGACUGCGUGCGUGUGUUUGACUGCGUGCGUGGGGUUGCAUGAAUGCGUGUGGUUACAUGAAUGCGUGUGCUCUGUUGCGAGCGUGUGCUUGUGGGUGGUCAUUCAGAUGAUGCGAUGAUGAGAUGGUGAUACGAAAUGUUCAAAGUGAUCGUUUGUAGUGUUUGUUGUUACAGCACGUGGCAUAGCGCACAGGGUAGCGUGAAUUGCAUGUUGACAGAGCACGAAAACAAAAACUCUUAAAACAUAACUGGCCAA